GAACGCAUCGAGCAAUCAGCAGCCACCUGCUCGCUCUGCUCGUUACUCGCCGGCAAUGGAGGAGUACCAGCAGGUCCAGCAGCAGCAGGGUGGCCGGGCGAGCAACAAGAUCCGGGACAUUGUGCGGCUGCAGCAGCUGCUCAAGAAGUGGAAGAAGCUGGCCACGGUCACGCCGUCGGCGUCCGGCAGCGGCAAGGGCGGCAGGAGCAGCGUGCCGAGGGGCUCCUUCGCGGUGUACGUCGGCGACGAGAUGCGGCGGUUCGUCAUCCCCACCGAGUACCUGGGCCACUGGGCGUUCGCGGAGCUGCUCCGGGAGGCCGAGGAGGAGUUCGGGUUCCGGCACGAGGGCGCGCUCCGGAUCCCCUGCGACGUCGAGGUGUUCGAGGGCAUCCUCCGCCUCGUGCAAGGAAGGAAGAAGGACGCCGCCACCGCCGCCAUGUGCGACUGCUCCUGCUCCUCCGAGACGGAGAUCCUCUGCAGAUGACGCCGUGAAUGGAGGCCUCUCGCCUGCUCUGAUUCUCUGUUCUUGCUUCUUUUUUUUCCUCUCUCCUUUCUCGGGCUGGUUCUUUCUUUCUUCUUGUUUUUUUCUGAAGAAAGGAGAAGAGGUUGCGUUGCACCGAUUAGAUCUGUAAUUUGUACAACGAUGGGAGGAGAUGAAGGAUUUCUUUUUUCUUGAUCCACAAGGAUCUAA